UAUUCGAUUCGUUCGGCCUCGAUUCCAGGCCUUGUCAAUUAUUUCGUCUCUUCUUUGGGCAUUACGGCCCCUCUCUGUCGGGUGCGUUCCCUCCGUGCUUGGCCGGCCCUUGGGCCACCGCUCCGAUUGAUGCCUUCCGGCCCCUCCAACCCAAGAUCCGCUUCUACCCCGAAAUCAGGGUCGUCGCCCGCUGGCGCCCAUGGCCCGACUGCUAUAAGUACCGGCAGUGAUGGCCAAGACGAACCAGGGUCUCCCAAUAGGGUCUCUUGGAAUCAUCUUCGUCAGGGCGAGAGUCAUCAGCGCAUCCGUCAUGGUGCCCAGCAAUUACUUCGCCUAACCGGCAGAUUCCCCGCCUACAAUGCUGCCAGCCCUGAAGGCGGCUAUAAUGCCUCCAGCGAUCACGCCUUACCCACCGAGGACGACUUGCGUGCCAUGUCAAGAUUAUCCCACAGCAUCGCCCGCGACAUACACGAGAUCAGAACCCUUCAAAGGGAAGAUCCCAACGCCCACAGGCGCAGGUCGGGGGCCGAGGGUAGUAGUGAACAGCAACAGCUCACCGCGGCCAGGAGCCACGCCGGGAACAGCGGCAGUCCCCCAGGACGCAGGCAUCGCCGCAAGACGAUUGAUUUCUCGUGCCACAAGUGCCACCGCGUCGAUACACCGGAAUGGCGGCCUGGUCCCGAUGGUCCCAGUACGCUAUGUAAUGUCUGCGGACUGAUUUACGCCAAACGCGAACGCAAGAAAGAGGAAUCCACGAUUCCCCUCUCUGGAUCUCGCUAACUUUCUCAUAUAUCUUUUCCUUAUAAUUUCUCUUCUUAUUCUUUUUUUUUCGCUUUAUUUUCUUUCCUCACUAUUUACACCAAGCUACGUUGACGGAUAUAUGG